AUGGCGGCCUCUGACUCCGAGUCGGAUUAUUUCGAUGGCGGAGACUUCGUGGUCCCCGACGGAGACGAGGAUGGUCAGCAUGAAGGUCGCUCAUCGAAACGCCGACGUAUACGACCGCCUACACGACAGGAAGACUCAGAUGAAGGUCAAUCCACAGAUGCGUUCUCCGACAUGGAUGCGGAUUUGAUCAACGACAUCGAUACCCCUGUCAGAUACGAGAAACAGCAGGCGCGACAUAAUUACCGAAGUUUUAUCCCCAAGCGAACGAAUCCCUCGGAAAACAUCUUUGUUACUCAAUUGACACAACCGCAAUCGAGCCCUGAAAGGAUCCGUGGACCAAAAUGGCAGAAACCCAAGCCCGCGCCUCCCUCGCACGUACCCCAAGUUACAAGCCUUCCCGAAGAUAAAGAUGGAGACAUCUCGGAUGACUUCCCUGAUGAUGACGAAGAACUUAGAGCUGCAAUGGCAGCUUCAUUGGAGUCGUUCGAGGAAGACAAAGCCCUGCGGAAUGGGACCAGUAAUGGCCACAACAGGCCAAGACAACCGACCAGUACUGUCCAAAGUGCAGCUAUUGAUGGCGUCUUUGAUUUGGAUGAUUUCCCAGAUGACGUCUUUGAUUCCUCUCCUCCGGCCCCGCGUAUCACACAGCCCAAUCAGGCAGCUUCUUUCUCAUCAAAUCACGAGCGAGCGACUGGAAGGCUCCGACAAACCAACCUCUUUGGGAUGGUUACUCGGAACCCUGAAUCGCUGCAAGACCAAGACCCCGGCCCGCCAGAGAAGGAUGAGCCUCCAACCCAUCACAAGCUGAACCUAGAUGAGCUCGACAAAUGGUGGUAUCCGACCAAUCUCGGGACCAUACGAGACUACCAGUUUAACAUCACCCAGAAGGGCCUAUUCCAUAAUUUGCUCGUUGCUCUUCCCACCGGGCUGGGCAAAACGUUCAUCGCCGCGACUGUCAUGCUGAACUGGUUCCGGUGGACAAAGGAUGCCCAGAUUGUUUUUGUGGCUCCUACCAAACCUCUUGUCUCCCAACAAGUGUCGGCUUGUCUGAACAUUGCCGGUAUUCCACGCUCGCAGGUGACUAUGCUGACUGGAGGUGCACCUCCAGGUGUCCGUGCAGAGGAAUGGAAAUCGAAGAGAGUCUUUUUCAUGACGCCGCAGACAAUGGUCAACGAUAUCAAAACUGGAAUUGCAGACCCAAAACGCAUUGUGUUAUUGGUGGUCGACGAAGCUCAUCGUGCUACCGGGGCAUAUUCUUACGUGGAAGUAGUUAAGCAACUGGGGCGGUUCAACAACAGUUUCCGUGUUCUCGCACUCACGGCUACUCCUGGGUCUACGGUUGAAACGGUUCAAGAGGUCAUCGAUGGCCUGAAUAUCUCACGGGUCGAGAUCCGCACAGAGGAGUCAUUGGAUAUCCGAGACUACGUUCAUGCCCGGAACAUCGAGCUCGAGACAUUCGAAAACUCGGAUGAGAUGGAGUUUUGCUUGGAUCUUCUCUCCCGUACAUUACAGCCUAUGGUUGACCAAUUGAAGACUUUGAAUGCAUACUGGCAGAGAGACCCCCCUUAG